GGCUGAGGUAGUGGUCAUUCGUGUCGAUACACGCCUCCCUCUAUCUGGCGAAGGAGGAAGAGAGGGAGAGGGAAGAAAUAUAGAGUGUGAGAGAGAGAUAAGGGAAGAGAGAGAAAGAAGAACAAGGGCAAGACUCGGGACGGUGAGGACAUUCAGUGAGCAGGUUUACAGAGGAUGAGCUACCCAGGAUACCCGCAGGCUCCAGGGGGCUACCCGCCCGCUCCUGGGGGUUACCCACCAGCACAGGGGGGAUACCCGCAGGUCCCGGGAAUGUUUCCGCCAACACAAGGUGGUAAUCCAUGGGGUGGUCCCCUAAUCGGGUUGGAAUUAAUGAACAACAUGCCAAAUCUAAAUCCCGCCUAUAUGGAAGGAAUGGCUCAAAACAUGUCGAACGCUAUGGGCGGCUUUGGGCAAGCUCAACCCAACAUGGGGUUUGGGGCCCCACCAAAUCAACAGCCAACGCCCCCCUAUGGAAUGUACCCGGGCCAGCCCAGCCAGCCCGGAGCACCACCCUACAAUCCUGGAUAUCCCGGUUCCGCCCCUGGAUUCCAAUCUGGCCCCACCCCUGGAUAUCCAUCUGGCCCAGCUCAGGGAUAUCCGUCGGGCCGAGCUCAGGGAUAUCCGUCGGGUCCAGCUCCGGGAUAUCCGUCGGGUCCAGCUCCGGGUUUUGGGUCGGGCCCUGCCGCGGGUUACCCCUCUGGCCCUGCUCCAGGCUACCCAUCAGGAUCCACUCCUGGUUACCCGUCCAACCCAUCCCAAGGAUAUUCUGCCACUCCCAGCCCCACUGUCACCCCAUCAGUAGCUCCAGUGAAGCCCGUCAAACGGGGAACCGUCCGUGAGGCCGCGGGCUUUGAUGCUCUGAGGGACGCGGAGGUUCUGAGGAAAGCCAUGAAGGGCUUCGGCACGAAUGAACAAGCCAUCAUUGACGUUGUUGCCCAGCGAUCAAACAAGCAGAGGAUGCAGAUUGUCCUGUCCUUUAAAACCGCCUACGGGAAGGACUUGAUCAAGGAGUUGAAGUCCGAGCUGUCGGGCAAUUUCGAGAAUGCGGUGCUGGCCCUGCUGAAACCGUCCUUGCUCUUCGAUGCCACGGAGCUGAAAGAGGCCAUCAAGGGAGCUGGUACUGAUGAGCAGUGUCUGAUUGAGAUCCUGGCUUCCCGCUCAAAUGCUGAAAUCCAUGAGAUCAACAAGUUGUACAAAGCAGAAUUUAAGAAGACUCUGGAGCAGGAUAUUAAGAGUGACACGUCUGGCAUUUUUGAGCGACUGCUGGUCUCCCUUGUUCAGGGUAACCGAGAUGAAAGCCAACACGUGGAUCUAACGCUGGUUAAAAAGGACACGCAGGACCUGUACAACGCAGGAGAAGGGCGAAUGGGGACCGAUGAGUCGAAGUUUAAUGCUAUCCUGUGCUCAAGGAAUAGAUCCCAUCUGAAAGCAGUUUUUGAGGAAUAUCGGCAGGUGUGUAAGUACGAUAUCGAGAAGACCAUUGCCCGUGAGAUGUCUGGUAACCUCGAGAGAGGCAUGGUGGCAGUAGUGAAGUGCCUGAGAAGUAUCCCGAUAUUUUUCGCUGAGAGGCUGUACAAGUCCAUGAAGGGUCUGGGCACAGAUGACAAGACCUUGAUUCGUAUCAUGGUGUCUCGCUGUGAGGUCGACAUGCUGGACAUAAGGGCUGAAUUCAAGAAGAUGUAUGGGCAGUCGCUGUACUCAUUUAUAUCGGACGACUGCUCUGGGGAUUACAAGAAGUUGUUACUGCAACUCUGUGGCUCGAAUGACUGAGAGCGAUGGGGUGUCAGGAUUCAGACGGUGGUUUCUCAGAAGCACUUCCACCCGUCCAAACACACAAGCAUCCCCAUCUUUCUCUCGUUGUUUUAUUUCCUUUUGUAUCGGCUUGUAAAUGUAAUCCUGUUUCGUCGGCAUAUUCAAAUGGCGUAUUUCAUCAGCUGAGGUUUGAGAUGAUGGCGCAGUGUGGAGACCUGACCCACAGUUCUAGUGUGGGACCAACACCUGCCUUCCCAAAGCCCUGCCCCUCCAGUUGGAGGUCCUCCCUUUGACUUGACAUUGGAAGGAGAGCUGAUUCUCUCCCACCUGGUCUGUGACAAGUUUCCACCCUGCCCUUGUUCCGCUUCCACUGUCCAGAGCCCGCUGUGACUAUCACAACAAUCAUCUCCUUCAACGCCUUCCCCUUGCACAAAGUUCUCAACUUCAACCUGGUCAUCUUCACAAUCAACACUAUGCCCGGUAGAAACACAAGUCAACUAAUUGCUUCAAGGGCAUUCAACAGUUUGCGUUCCUUAUAUGUUUUAAAUAUAUUUUUGUAAAAUUCUAUGCGGUGCCAAUCUAACUGGGCAAUCACCCCCUUGCCACCUUGUCCAACUGUGCCUAAGUGACAGAAGAUAGGAAGUAUCAAAUGCAAACUCAUUAUUUUGAGUUGUAAGCGAUUAUCUUGCAUUGGUGGGGCUUAUUCUUAUCUAGAGCCAGCGAUUAAUUCUCUCAGAUAAUUCUCUCUGGAAGCUGGGAUUUGUAACCGAUGCACGCAUCCAGAGUAUAGUUACCAUGGCAAGAAUCAGCUUCAAAGGCCUAGUGUCAUGGUUUGACCUGCUGACCAAAGCUUCUGCCCAUGCCCCUGCCUGCUUCUGCAGCUCCUCAGGAAGACCAGAGAGGGUGGUGCCUCUUGAGUUAUCUGUAAGUCAGCCUUGUUUGGCGAGUAGGCUGAUAGCGAAGGCAAAUGUGUGGAAGGAAGCAAGAGCUGAUGGAAGAAGGGGCAAAUUGCGAUGUGCUCAAAAAUAUAAAUGAAUGAAAAAUAAAUACUAUGCAACCAA